AUGGCCAUUUUCAAAAACCCGUUUUCGUCGUCCAACAAGGAGCCGUCUGCGUCGAAUGAGCCCGAGCGAUUCGUCGUGAUGCCUAUCCCGGACACCCAUCAGCCCGUUCCUGGCACAUACGAGGCCAACGGUAGCGCGCAGCAGGUGCCCCCAGCGACCACCCAACCCGUCCCAACCCUGAUCCCCGCGCACGACAACCCGGUCGUCGCGCCUCGAAGCGAAGACAUCGAUGCCGUCCCGGAGCCUCCGAAGACGAAGGACGAGAGCACGCCCCUGCCACCCCCUACCACCUCGUCGUUCAUCGCCCCUACACGCUCCCCAAAAAAAACAACAUCCAAGUCGCCAAUCACCGGUAACGAGCCCCUGAGCCGGGACUACUCCCCGGCCUCGAAAGCGGGCUCGAUCAGCAGCCCUUCCCGCGACGUCCCCUCCGCCCGCUCUAGGCGCCGCAUCGUGGCCCCAGGCGAGAGCAGCGAUUCCGAGAUCGAAGGCAGCGACGCCCGCGUAACCGCCCUUCGCCGCAACAACAGCUCCAAGAGCGCUAAAAGCCGGCGUUCGAGCGCGCCGUCCGCGCGCCUCGCUGCUGUGUCCGCGUUCAGCGAUACCUCGGACGACGACCGCCUCUCUCGAUCCCGCUCUUUGGGGCAGCGGCGCUCUCGACGGGCGAGCACGGUUCACACCUCGCGCACGAAUGAUAGCACGCUGAACGGCGGGACGUUCGCCAACGGUGCCGGCAUGAUCGGCCCGAACGCCGAACUGGACGAGGAGACGCGCUCGGUGUUCCGGGAGCGUUCGGCGAGCGUGUCGCGCACCCUGAGCCAGAAGCAGCACAAAAAGCUUGCGAAAGAGGAAGCCAAAGAUGGAAAGAGGCUUUCCAAAAUCAUCCAGAGGGAGGCGAAGGACGAGAAGAAGGCGCUUGCUAUCGCGAUGAAGGAGCUUGCAGAGUUGCAGAAGAUGCAGGGCUCGGCUAUCAAGGAGGACGAGAAGGCGCACCACGCACAUGCUAAGGCUAUGAAGGCCGCGCACAAGGAAGAGCUCCAGUGGCUCGAGGCCCAACGUCGGCACGAGCUGAUGCAAACCGAGCUACGUAUCAAGACAGAGGCGUACGAGUCCAGCCGGCAACACGCGCAGCGGAUUACGGAGCUCGUACAAGAGAAGAACCGCGAAGUAGAGCUGUUGAGGCUUCAGAAGGGUGCCGACAACCGCGAGCGAGAGGCAAGGAUUGCGGUAUUGAAGGGCAAGGCAUGAGAAGCGCCCGCGUGUUCGUCGAUCCCCGGUACUGUGGUCUAUAUCUGUGCUUCAGUAAUUUUUUGUAUGAUAAAGCAUUGUAUAUUAGCAAACAAUCUUGAAUGUUGAAUGUACUAGCAGACAG